AAGUUAUUAUUAAAUCUAAACUGCCAAAAGGGUAAAAGUGAAGUGAGAAAAGAGAAAAGCAAGAUUGGAGAUGUGUAAUUACAGUGAAACUAAACUAAAUCUAUUGUGCAUAGACGAUAUAUUUUACAUUCAUAAAUUCUCUAGUUUUAGUGUGGACAACCGAAAAGAUGAAACAUAAUACUGUCCAUCCUGGUAUUUUUGAACAAUUGUAGGAAAAUAGCAAUGAAGUGAUGUCUGUCUAGUACUAGAAAUAGACAUGGAUUUAACACGACAUUAAAUCCUGUGAGAUCUAAAAUCAUGUGAUACACUGCGAGAAUAUAGGAAUUUUGUUGUUGAAAAAAAAAAAAAGAAAAAAGGAAGAAACAACCAUGUCAACCUGGAAGCAGCAAGUUUUGCCAAUUUAAGGGAAAUCCCAAAUCCCAAAUUCAACAAAUGUCAUGAUAUUAUUCGGUUACUGUCCAGGAGGGUAGUUAACUAGGAAUCAACUAAUAUUUCCACUAAUUUGGGUUGGCUGUUAAUACGAACAAUUUUUUUUUUUUUUUCCUUUAAAGGUUUUAGCACCAGCUUCUUCUAUUAUUAUUGUUAUUAUUAUUAUUAUUUUCCCAUUCUAUCUGUUCUAAAUUUUGAUAAUUUUGUUCACAAUUUUCCCUGUCCAGUGAGCUAAAUAAUCAUUGGUAUUGCGGUGGUGGUGGGAUCAUCAAUCAUUAGCCAUGGGUUCCGUUAUUAUGGAACCAGAAGACAUUGCAAUAUUUGCAAAUCAUUUGGAUGGAAGCAAGAAUAUCACCACAAUUUGCACAAAUUUAGCAAAGAUAUCUUCAGGGGGUAUAUUUCAGCAAUCGGAUCCUUUGGCCUAUUGGGUCCCUCUUCUUCUCUUGCAAAUGAGUCUAGCCUGUGGAACCUUUCUUCUCAUUUCUAAACUUCUCAAGCCUCUUGGUUCACCUAUUGUGGUCAGGCAACUCCUUGUAAGCUUCUACUCACAAUUCUCUCCUUAUUGUUGCUGUCUAUUUUCAUUCUUAGAAAUCUUUGUUUCAAAUUCAAAGAAAUGGGUACAAGCAUGCAUGUUCUUUCUUUUUUCUUCUUUUUCUUGUUUCUAAAUCUGAUAUUUCAUUCUCUCUUGGUAUUUGAUGGGUUCAUGGUUUCCCAGGCAGGCAUAAUAUUAGGUCCAUCACUUCUAUGCAGGAGUCAAGUCCUUGCAAAUGCAUUUUUUCCUGUGAGAGGAUUCAUAAUGCUGGAUAUAGUAGCUUCCUUCGGCUUCAUACUUUACUUCUUCCUUGUAGGAGUACAAAUGGAUCCAUGGAUAUUUAAACAUCUUGACAGAAAGGCUGUUGGUCUUGGACUCUUUGGGGUCGCCGUGCCUAUGGUACUAAGCAAUGCCUCGAGCUUAUUCAUAUUGUCCCAUGUCAAUGUAGACCCCAGCAUUGCUAGAUCACUUCCUUCGGUUGCUCAAUCUGAGUCUGUGUUUGCUUUCCCAGUUAUUGCUCACUUCUUGGCAGAGCUCAAGAUUAUCAAUUCUGAAUUUGGAAGAGUAGCAUUAUCUUCUUCCUUUGUAGCAGGCUUAUGCAGUUUCGCUGUGAUAACAUCUAGUGUCCUGUUGCAACAAUCCGGAGACUAUUACGGAGCACUUCAAAUCCUAACUAAUGCAGCUGUUCUUCUUAUUAUUAUCAUUUUCAUCAUACGCCCUGCAAUCAUGCGGAUGACAAAGCAUAAUCCGGAGGGAGAGCUGCUGAAAGAGAGCUAUGUGAUCUGGCUACUUUUAGCAGUCUUUCUGACCGGUUUCCUCAGUCAUGCACUUGGUUUGCACCUUUACUUUGGACCUCUUGUUUUUGGGAUAACUAUACCAGCAGGGCCACCAAUAGGCUCUACCCUAGUACACAAGCUUGAUCUUCUCACCAAUUGGAUAUUUAUGCCACUCUACCUGGUAAAAAAUGGACUGACAACUAAUAUAUUCAGCAUCAAAUUUAAGAACUAUCUGAUAGUGCAAUUCAUUGCCAUCACCAGUUCGUUUGGAAAGUUCUUUGGGACAUUUAUAGUUUCCCGUUUCAGCAACAUACCGACCAAGGAUGCUGCAUCACUAGGCCUUGUAGUGAACGCCCAGGGCGUGCUUGAGCUUGGAAUGUUUAGAAUGAUGAAGAGAAACAUGGCAAUAGACAAUGAGGCUUUUGUGAUAAUGUGCAUAUCCAUGAUGCUCGUAACAGGAGCUAUCACACCCCUCAUAAAACGCCUGUAUGAUCCUGCAAGGAGGUAUGCCGUUUACAGGAAAAGAACCGUUAUGAAUUUAAAACCCAAUUUUGAACUCAGGGUGCUAGUUUGUGUCCAUGAAAACGAAAAUGUUCCUGCAGCCAUCAACCUCCUUGAGGCCUUAAAUCCCACAAAAAGAAGCCCUUUAUAUGUUUAUAUUCUCCACCUUGUUGAGCUUGUUGGCCGUGCAAACCCCCUGCUCAUCCCACACAGAUUGAGCACUAGCACCUCUAAGAAGGUAAAAAACUCGGAGCCUGUGAUUAAUGCCUUCAGAAGAUUUGAGCAUAGCAACCCUGGUCGCGUCACCAUUUAUCCUUUUACUGCAAUUAGUCCAUCUAAAACAAUGCAUGACGAUGUUUGCACAAUGGCUCUAGACAGAAGGAUUUCCCUUGUCAUAGUUCCUUUCCACAAAAUUUUUCAAGCCAGUGGUGGAAUGGAUUCCAGCAGAAAGGCCAUUAAAAUCACAAACAUGAAUGUCCUUGAAAAAGCACCUUGCUCUACUGCAAUCCUUGUUGGCCGUGGGCUUCUGAAUGCUUCAAAGCCUAUCAUGAACAGCCAUUCUAAUUAUCGCGUUGCUGUUCUCUUCUUGAGCGGACCUGAUGAUAGAGAGGCACUGGCCAUAGGUGCACGAAUGGCUGGGAAUCAGAACAUUAACCUGACAAUAAUACGGCUCCUUGCGAAUGGAAGUAUUUCCAGUGACGGUGCAAGUGACAGGAAGCUUGACAAUGAAGUGGUGAGUGAGUUUAGAACUGCUACAGCGGGAAAUUACCGAGUGAUGUAUAUAGAGGAAGUGGUGAUGGAUGGGACAGGAACUAUUUCAGUGAUUAGAUCAAUGGAAGACCAAUAUGACCUUGUCAUAAUGGGUAGGCAUCAUGAGAAAAGAUCGCAACUUUUAUCAGGACUCACAGAUUGGAAUGACCACAAGGAGUUGGGAAUAAUUGGAGAUUUUUGUGCUUCAGCACAGUUAAUGAGAAACACCACAAUUUUGGUGGUGCAACAACACACCAAUAUUGCAAAGGAAGGUGCUCGAAAUGCUAGAAGAAAAAUUAGUGACAGAACUAUGAGAGAUGGGGAAGCAGAACAUCUUCCAAUUUAUAAUAGAAUUGUGUAG